GACUUAUUGCAAUAUAGGCUUCCAGUCGCGUUGAUGACGUCAAGCUCCCUGAUUUGCCGAUUCUUUUGCGACGGCAGUUACAUCUUCAACUCCACGUGAAUGUAUUAAGGACUGGUUCUGGUGUGAGAAGAUAAGAUGAAGCUGGACCUUUCCAAAGUAGUUAGCGGCUGCCGUCUCGGGGUGCUGACUAACCUUGGGAAAAAUGGAGAUAAAACUCUGGAAGUUCCAGGGUGCUUACUUUACACUCGCUGUGGCUCAGCACCCCACCUCACUCACGAAACUCUGGAAACCAUUGAAAAGAUACCAGCUGUGACUCAGCUCACGUUAAGUACACUAGCAGAAUACCAUGAAGUCCUGGAAGAAUACAAGGAAGGAGCUGGAAAGUUUAUAGGCAUGCCUGACUCUGUGUUGUACUGCUCCUUACAAGAUCCUGCAGCCCCUUGUCCACCAGGCUUUAUAACUAACAAGACUGUUUCGGUGUGGGGUAGCGGUGGUCGUAUGGAGAUGACUGCCUCCAAGUUCAUGGCUCUGCAGGCAGUAGUAAGACCGGAUUGGUUCCAGAGCAUGGCGGAUGGGGAGACUGUGCAGGAGGACACCUCGAAAAAGAGAGUGAGGAAAUCUGUAGACCGCACACUGGCCUUCCUGGAUGAAUGCCUUCAAAUGCAGCAGAAAUCACAGGACCUGCAGGGUGUAGAGGUGCUCGGAGUGGUGGAGGGCGGGGAUAUCCUGGAGGAGCGAACACGAUCAGCCAAGGAGACGGCCAAGAGGCCUGUGGGAGGGUUUGUACUGGACGGGUUCCAGGGUGACGCCAUGACCAGGGAGCUAAGACUGAAACUGAUCUCGUCUGUCACAGCCGAACUGCCUGACGACAAGCCCAGGCUGAUCCAGGGAAUUGGCAGACCAGACGAGGUCUUGGAUUGUGUGGAAGCAGGAGUGGACCUGUUUGAAAGCUUUUUUCCAUACCAGGUGACUGAGAGAGGCUGCGCCCUUUCCUUCAGGUUCAGAUAUCAGCUCGACCCGGAGACGCAAGUGUUGGAGAGGAAUGGUGCCCAGGUCAAUGAGGAACCUAGGGCCAAGAAAGACUGUGAUGUCAGUGACAAGGAAGAGAAGGAGCCGAUGACACCCUUUGAGAUGGAUCUGAAAAGCAAAAGGUAUCGAGAGGAUUUCGGUCCCCUGGUGCAGGGCUGCUCGUGUUACUGCUGUAGGAACCACACGCGCGCCUACGUUCACCACCUCCUCCUGACCAACGAGCUCCUGUCGGGGGUCCUGCUUAUGAUCCAUAACUUCCAGCACUACUUUGGGUUCUUCCACUCCCUGCGGCAGGCUCUGCAGGAGGGACACCUGGAGAAACUGAAAGCUCUUGUCAACGAGCACAGCCCCUGAACUCCUCCGUGGAAAUCCAAAUUUAUACCUGGAGAUGGAAGAUCAUUCUUGGCUCACUGAACUGUGUGUUUUAGUUUUUAGUUUUUUAGACUCUACAAUUUCCGUGUUGUGUUAGUGGAUCAUUUUCAUGGAAAUAGGAAAACAGGGCAUUAGUUUCAAUGUGUUUUAAAUUGGACAAAGUGACCUUGAGGUACUCUCAAAAGCCAAUGUUUGUCAUGCAUUUGUAGGUAACAAGUUACAGAAAAUGUGAACCAAAAUAAUUAUGAACAAACUAAAUUAUACUUUUUAAGCUUUAAAGGACACAAGAAUUAAAACAAUUUUUCCCAGAGCAGUUGCCUCAGAGCAAGUCAGAUGAGAGGGACUUCAAUGAUAAAACUCCCUGUUAUUAACUAUAUUUUGGAUAUCUUCCACUGUAUGGUACUGUACUGGUCUGGUCUUUGCUUCUUUUUUUCUGUUGACAGUGCACACAAUUCCAUAUGACUUCUAAAGUGAGUUGAAAGCCUUAUCUUGACCCAUUUUUAGAGUUCUAGAGAUAAAGUCCGGUGCUACCAUAUUUUCAAAAGACCAAAGUGCUUUUUGUGGCACCUUUUAUCUAAACAAUACCAUCCUAUUGACUAUUGUAUACUUUUGCAUUAGUUCACUUUCUACACCUGCUUUAUAUGCAUGUUGUCGGGAUAGUUAGACUUUUUUUUUUCAAUCUAUACUUCAGGGCUUUUUAUUAGGUGGAAGUUUUAUAAGGAGAAGAUGUAGUGUAUGCUGUAGUGAGAGUAUACUGGACCAAUAGACCUCGACCAAUACUCUAUUAUCAUGGAAAUUGUUUUUUUGUUUUUGUUUUUAUUGUAUCGUUUGCUGUUCCUUAAAUAAACCUUUUUGUAUAUAAAACACAA